AUUUCAGGGAAAUCUUUAUUCAUAGAACUACUCAUUGGUUGAUCACAAAAAGGAGUAUUUCACAUUCUGUCUUUUUCUAGCAAAAUUUUAUCCAUCGCUCCAAACAUCCGAGUAUAACGAUUCCAAAUUUCACCUCACAAUAAAAUCUCCCUUUUUAGCCAUUAAUGAUAUUCUGAAUCGACGCAAAACCAAAUCUGGAUUGUAGACCGCGGAUCUUGCACUUCCCGUUUGGUUGCUACGUGUGAUGUCGCAAUGUGGAACUUUUUAUCAAUUUCUUCGACGAAGCGAAUUACAAAUGAAUAAUUCAAGGUGAAUUCUCAACGAAAUGCAAUAUUCUUGCAAAAUUCACGUUUUGAACACAAGGCGCAAAGCAGUUAGACUUUUUGGUCAAGAUUACUUGAGUUUUAGUGUCAUUUAAGACCCGGAGAAAAUCUUUAGUCUUUUGUCAUUAGUUUAAAUUUCUUUUUUUUUGUGAUUGUUUACUCAUUUGUUUCUGCUUCUGAAAUAAUAAAGCGUUUAUGAGUGCGAUCGAAGACAGUGUUGGACUGAGGUCGCUAUUUACUGGAGUUCUUCAUGCUUUUUGUGGAAGGGGUUGACAUAUCAUCUCCUGAGCGCGCACCACAGCAAAGCAAUCCAAACCUGCAGCCUAACACCAGCAUGCUGCUGCUGCAGCCUCAGACAAUGCUACAUUCCAGCGUGGCCGAGGUGCUGUCUGCAUCAUAUGGUCUCACUUCUUUUGGUGAAGAUCCUCUUGGAACGUCAACAGCAGAUGAUUUCAAGUUAGGUCAAGCUUUCACAACUCCUGCGCCGUCAACUUCAUAUGGAGAUCCUGGUCAUGAGCCAACGUUUAGUGAUGUUUUUCAUCCCGAAUUUAUUUUAGGGCCUUCCCCUCUUGAAGAUUUGAAGCCUGUCAUCACACAGCAACAGCAGCAGGCUCACCAGCAAGCUCACCAGCAACACCAAGCUCAGCAUCAUCAUCCUCAGCAACAACCACUCAUCCACCAAGCGCACGUACCAAGAAUCAGCCCGCCUGGCUCUCCAGGACUCGCUCUGCCCAGUUUUCAGGAGACAUACUCACCUCGGUACCGGCCGCUCUCAGAUGAAGUUUUCAAUUUCAAAACUGAUGAACAAUCAGGAGAAUGCUACCCUGCUCCCCCUCCAGCUCAUCAAACUUUUCCUGGCACAGCCCAGCAACAUCCAUCUCCUGCUUCUCAUCCUCAACAAGUGGCUUCUACAACUCAGCAGCAGCACCAGCAUCAACCUCAAGCUCCACACGUUCACCACCAACAACAGCAAGCACAACAACAACAACAACAACAGCAACAACAGCAGCAACAGCAACAACAGCAACAACAGCAGCAACAGCAGCAACAGCAACAACAACAACCACAACAGCAGGCUCAACCACAACAGUCUCAGCAACAACUGCAACCAACUCAUCAUCCACCACAGCCACAGCAGCCAUCUCUUCCACCAACUUCUCAAACCCAUGCUCAACACGUCCAGCACCACUCGCAUGUACACCAUCAUCCGCAACAACAUCCGUCUCCGCAUCAGUCUCAUCCACACCACCAAAUUGCAUUCGAACAUUACCCUUCUGGGCCCUCGCAAAUGUUUGCCCGGGUUUCAGCCUACCCUGCGACAUCAAGUUCUCCGCAUUCCUACACUCCUCCGGCUACGAGUUUUCCAGGAGAAUUUUAUCCUCCGCCUCCACCUCCACCACCGUCUUAUGAGUCUCUCCAGCCAAUGGGAACUUCUGAGCAGUACCUGCGAGCAUCGACCUCACAUCAUUACCCAGAUAUGACCGUUGCUUCUCAAAUGGCUUUCCUGACACGUAAGCCUGAAAUUGACCCCACAGUGGCAAGGCUCCACACCCCAGUAGGUAGAGUUCAGGAGCAAAAACCGCAAUCUCCAAGUCAACUAUGUGCGGUUUGCGGAGAUAUAGCUGCUUGCCAGCAUUACGGCGUCCGUACCUGCGAAGGGUGCAAGGGUUUCUUCAAAAGAACUGUACAGAAGAAUGCCAAGUACGUAUGUUUAGCCGAUAAAAAUUGUCCUGUGGACAAAAGGCGACGGAAUCGAUGUCAGUUUUGCCGGUUCCAAAAGUGUUUGACAGUAGGAAUGGUUAAGGAAGUAGUCCGGACUGACAACCUUAAAGGACGACGAGGAAGGCUACCAUCUAAACCAAAAAGUCCUCAAGAAUCCCCUCCAUCUCCUCCAGUAUCUUUAAUCACGGCCCUUGUUAGGGCUCAUGUAGAUACUACGCCGGACCUCAAUAACUUAGAUUAUUCCUUAUAUCAAGAACCGGAUAGUGCUAGAUCUGAUGUUCCUACUUCUGAAGCCGAGAAGAUUCAACAGUUCUACAGCCUCUUGACCUCAAGCAUUGAAGUUAUACGGCACUUUGCCGUGAAAAUUCCUGGUUACCACGACUUGCCGAGAGAAGACCAAGACCUUCUAUUUCAAAAUGCAUCCCUGGAGCUUUUCGUAUUAAGAUUAGCCCACAGGCUCAUGAAAAACCCGGAAGAAAACAAAUUUAUUUUCGACAAUGCCAAAGUUCUCCACUUGAGCCAAUGCGAACGCUCAUUCGGGGAAUGGCUGCAAUGUAUCCUGGAUUUCGCCACUUCUUUGAAGACGAUGGACGUAGAUUUAUCGGCCUUUGCUUGUCUGUCAGCCCUCACGGUCGUUACAGAGCGACACGGACUGAAAGACGCCAAGAAAGUCGAACAGCUUCAGAUGAAAAUUAUUAGUUCGCUGAGGGACCACGUCACCUACAACGCAGAGGCCCAGAAAAAACCUCAUUAUUUCUCACGAAUUUUAGGCAAGCUUCCUGAACUGCGGUCACUUUCAGUGCAAGGACUUCAAAGGAUUUUUUACCUGAAACUUGAGGAUCUGGUUCCGGCUCCGCCACUUAUAGAGAACAUGUUUGUGUCGAAUUUACCUUUCUGAACUUUGGAUAAUUGAGGAAUUAUUGCAACCUCCUUUCUAAUUAUUUUCAGUGCUAGGUCGCAAUCUGGUUGGUAUAAAUUAAAACACGUCCAGGACUAGAUUAUUAAUCCAGGACUAGAUAACUAGUUUAAGACUAGACCCUAUUAGACCCACGUGGACUAAUUGGAAUUAGUCCAGGACUAGAAUUAGACCAGGACUAGGUAAUUAGUCCAGGACUAGAUAAUUAAUCCAGGACUUGAUAAUUAGUCCAGGAUGAUCGCACCAAUAUACCUACACCAAAUUCGUCUAAAUUGCAAAUAAAUGAUUGAAAUGUACCACACCGAAUGUUUAUCACAAUUUUGACUCUUCUCCAAGUAAAGUUAUAAUAGGUGAAAGACGUGUCAUUGUUUAACGUAAAUACGAUGUCGACAAACGUCGUCAUUUAUAAGAAAGAAUAUAUUGUGGUUUAGCAUUACGAAGAAACUUAAUCGUAGUAGUUGGCCACUUAGAUCAGUUUCCAUUAUAGUUGCGUUCGAUGUGCUCUAUAUCUCUCUCUUCCAGAUGCUUUCCAUUCUAUUUUGUCCGUAAGAGCUUCUACUCUAUUUUUGGACUAGAGCUUUCCAAUCAAUUUUGUCGUGUCCUAAUCAUUAUUAAUCUAGAUAAAUGUAAGAGUUGGUAGAAUUUAGUCGACAUUUGCUCUCUCAUAUCAGUGUACCGUGUUCAACGACGUUUUUUGUCCGAAACAAGACUUGGAUAUUAUAUCUUGUAUGUCUAAUGCUUUCAGGUCCAAGACACGUAAAACAUCUUCAUAAAACCUCGUUCAAUUAAGAUAUAUACUUCUUUGUCUUAAUUGUUCAUCUAAUUUAGCGGUGCUACGUUCCAGUCAUACAGGAGGAAGAGUUUCAGAUUAUGUUCUUUGUAUUAUAUGUUAGGGAAAGCGAUUCCUUUUGUAAAAACGCACAAUCUCAAGCGAAAUAUUUUAAGUAGGAUUAUGAGGUUACCAGUCUUCAGGAACUACAUGGAUUGACAUUGCAGGGAAACUUUUGCUUGUAUCGGAUUUCUUUGGAUAUUUCAGGUGUUAAAAAUUUCGGGAUAUUACCUGAUAUUUCGAAUGAAAUUGUAUCAAUGAUUUAUUUCCUGGAGAAGUUUAUAUCUUGGGAGCUGCGUACAAGCUCUUGAGUUUUCCAGCAAUGCCAAUCUUGUUUCCUGAAAGGACGCUUAGUACAAGUCUUUAACUAUGGUUGCCUGCACAAUUUCAGUCAUAAAGAAUGGAAAAUAUUGUAAUUUUACCUUUGUUUAGUGAGAGCAUAUACUUCUA